AGUAUGCGCUACUCCUGGUUGGAGGUGCCUCUGGUCCUGUGUGUGUGCGCGCAAUGUGUGCGUCUGCCAUUCAGGAUUGCCGACUGUACACUUUAUAGCGACUAUACCUUCGCAAUGUGUUCAGCUGGCAACGAUAAUUCACCUCCACUUCAGGCAAAUCACAACUUGUGAGGAAAUACGUGGCGAGGAGUGGUCCGCUGGCCGGUGUGCGCUGGCUGGUGGCUGCGGCAGGAUGCAGAUGCGGGCCGCGCCGCUAUGACCGCCUCCUGCACGGCGCUCGCCAUCUUGCUGUUCGCGCUGCUCGCCAUGUGUGUGAGGUGCACGGGUGGUGUGAAGAACUACACUAUCAAGCCGAGGGUCGUCCUGCCGGAGGACUACGUCAAAGAGAUCCGUCCGCCUUCACGCAAAGGCCAACCUGUCAGUGUGGAAUUCAGCAUUUACGUAGUAGAUAUCAACUCUAUAAACGUCGAAGACAUGGAUUUUCGAGUGGACAUGUUCGUCCGCCAGAAGUGGACGGAGUCGAGGCUGGACAUGCCGAACGCGCUGUUCGAGGAGGGCGACGACUACGUGACGCUGCCGCCCGAGUUCGUGGACAACCUGUGGCAGCCCGACCCCUACAUCCUCAACGCCAAGGUGUCUGAGAUCGCGAAGCUGACGCACGAGUUCUCGUCGGUGACGCUGUUCCGCAACAAGACGGUGCGGUACGCGGCGCGCAUGCACGCCAUCAUCGCCUGCCAGAUGGAGUUCCAGCUCUACCCCAUGGACAUCCAGGUCUGCCCCAUGUACAUCGAGAGUUUCUCGUACAACAUGCAGAAGCUGCGACUACGCUGGGCAGACUCGGACCCCAUCAUGCUCAACCCCGAGCUGAAGCUGCUGCAGUACAACGUGGGCCAGCCGCUGCAGAUCGAGGAGACUGACGGAUACGUUCCCGAGAGGGAAGCGAACUUCUCGCGGCUGGUGCUGUACUUCCGGUUCGAGCGGCAGAUCGGGCACCAUCUCAUCCAGACGUUCGCGCCCAGCUCGCUGGUGGUGAUGCUGUCGUGGUUCAGCUUCUGGAUCGGCCUGGACGCCAUCCCGGGCCGUGUCACGCUGCUCGUCACCUCCAUGCUGACUCUCGUCACCAUGUUCACCGGCCUCAAGUCCGACAUCCCGCCCGUCGCCUACGUCAAGGCGCUGGACCUCUGGAUGGCCGGCUGCAUGGUGUUCGUUUUCGCGGCCCUGGGCGAGUUCGUCGUGGUGAAGGUGUUGGAGGUCCGCUACCAGCGAGAGAAGUCCCACCGCGGCGUCAACCUGCCACGCCUGCUGCCCAUGGGUGAAGGAGGAGAUUCAACAGAGUAGCAGCCUCCCAGUGCUGAAGUCCUACCAUCACGUGAGCCAAUGAAAGCAAAGCCCAGCAGCGUCAGUGCAGAGGCCGGGGUUGAUAUGGGCUUCAUCUAACACCAAAGGUAGCAGCCGAAGAAGAAGAGACUUCACCGCCCCCCCCACCCACCCCCCACCCUCUCUCUCUCUCUCUCUCUCUCUCUCUCUCUCUCUCUCUCUCUCUCUCUCAGUGAGGAGAGUGUUGUGUCCCAAGUUACUACCCCUGCUGGGAUGGCUUCCUCUCCCCUGUAGUGAUGUUUCACACAGCUUGCAUCAAGCAACGACAGGAGCCGUAUGAGCUGCAGCGGUUGUUCGCAGAUGCCGCCCACGUAGCUGAACUACUUUGACAUCAUUCCGCUUGGACGUGCAAACAGCCAAGGAACACAUGAUCUGCUGUAGCAGCAAUCAAUUUCAUGGAUUCAGUGUAGCAAUCCAUGUGGCAAUAUAAUCCGUGAUCCAGCAGACUGAAGGACUGUCUUCAGCGAGCAGUCUUCAGUGAGUUUUGUCUACUGUGAACAGUCACCUGCCUUUGACAAAUUCCUUCAGCAGAGUUAGUUUGAAGUUAGCAACUGCCUUAUCGAAAUACUCUGUGCCGUAAACAGCCUGCAAGAAUUGGAACUGCCACAGUCCAUAGUGCAUCAGUGUGGCUACGGACUUACGUCUCUGCACAGGUGUUUACUAAUAAAAGUAACUACCACUGAUGGAAGUCAGUUCUGUCUCUACAGAUUAAUGAUGUAACUUAAGAGCUGGGUGUUGAGACAUUUCAGUUACAAAAAAUAAAUGCCAUUUUGCCUGGACUAAUUUACUUUGUAUAUCAGUUACAGAACUCUGAUAUUGGUGCAGUUGUUGAAAUUCAACCACA